UUCCUAGCCUAAUAAUAACUGCGUAUCAGUGUUGGUUCAGCUUUAGCCAGAACCGAAAUCUUCUCCAUGACUCAAGUCAUGUUUUUGUUCUUCAUCGUGGCCUUGCCUGCUCCUCCCUCUCUUUCCCUCUCCCUCUCUCUUUCUGUGCGGGAGGAAGGGGGGCAGAAGUUAUAGUUACUCUCGCCUCCGCUUUUGUUCUGAAACCGGAGCGUAGCAGAGCAGGGCGCGAGGCGGUGGUCGGUAUGGCGGGAGGCUCGAGCGGCUUCACAUUUCUCGGGGUUCUGCUGCUCGCGGCCAUUCUGCUGCAGACCGUGGCCGUUACCGUCACCGUGCUCUACUUCACUAACGUCCUCAACACGAUGAAGGAGACAUUUGCAAGGAGCAGUGUGUCUUGUCUGACACGGUCUGACCUCAGAGGGGGGUACGUGCGCUCCCCGACCGAGGGGAGAGGAGACCCCUGCUGGCAGGUCACACAGCAACUACACACCCUCAUAGAGAAGUCUCUGUUUCAGCGAUAUCAGAGGGAGAUCUCCUCAGCAGUUAGAGGUGAGAUACACUACAUGACCAAAAACGAGAUGUCCAGGGUGUUGCCCUCACUGGCAAUGGAGGACCAGGCUUCUUCUCGCCCCAAAGUUGCCGCCCACGUCACUGGCAGCUUCGCUCCCAAAGCAGCGAGGGAGGGAGGAGGUUCUCCCGCGCGGCGUGUGCAGGGGCAGAAGAUCUCGUGGUGGGAGGGGCAUAAAGGGCUGGCAUUCCUUCAGGACGUUCGAUUGAUUGAUGGGGAGCUGGUGGUGCCUUGCCCAGGACUCUACUAUAUCUAUGCCCAGACCUACUUCAGACACACCCACCCUGGGGGAGAGGAGGGGGAGGAGGACGUGGAAGAGGAGAGGGAGCAGAGGGGGAGGCCCAUGUUGCAGUAUGUUUAUAAGAAAGUGUCUUCAUAUCCGGUACCCAUCCUGCUGAUGAAGACCAGCCGUACCUCCUGCUGGUCCCGGGACUCCCAGUUCUCUCUGCACUCCGCCCACCAGGGAGGGCUGUUCCCAUUGGCCACCGGGGACCGCCUCCUCGUCACCGUUAGCAACGCCUCUGCCAUCGACAUGGAUGAGAGGAGCAGCUUUUUCGGGGCUGUCCUGGUCAGCUAGUGGUCAGGAGUUAGUCUAUAUGGUGGCUUGGGGCUAACGGACACCAGCAUUCUCACUGUUUGGGAGCCAUAUGUGUGUGUGUACUGACAGACAGAUCCUUCUGAGAGCUGUGUGUUUGUAUGCAUGCAUGGGUGUGUGUGUGGGUGUACAGAUGUACAAAGCUUUAAGCUCUGUGACUGCUAGGCUGAACAUGCGAGAAGGCGUGAGCAGAGCUGGUGUGGUUAUCCUAUUAUCUUCCACCCUGGUGCCGAUGGCCUAGCCUUCCCUCAUGGCUCAUCCAAUUAGCUGUGUCCGAAGCCAGCAGGCCUGUGCUGAUUAGAUGAAAAGCAGAUGAGUGGUGUGAGGUCGUGGGCCAAUGUCUGCUUUAGAACUUCAGGACAACUGACCGACAAUGAAUCAGUGAGGGGAUGAUUGUGGAUAAAUGUCUUACUGCUCUUUUCAUAUUAAAAGGAUGAGUGUC